AAGCUCAUCGAAGCGCUGUACGCAGAUGAGAGAAAAAACGCUAAUAUUUAUAUUUUUGAUAUGAUAUAAAAUAAUUGAAGUGAAUGAGGAUGAUAUGCUUUUCACGAUUCAUCCGUAAAGUUGGCCAGCUUGAUUGAAAAAACAACGUUGGACGCAUCAACUACAGUGGUUUUGUUGGUUAGAAGCGACUACAGAUUUUAACAAUGUCGCUACCCGUAGUAUUCGUGACGGGCAACGCGAAGAAACUGGAAGAAUUCAUCGCUAUUUUGGGAAAAGACUUUUCUCGACGGAUAACGAGCAAGAAAAUCGAUCUGCCUGAAUAUCAGGGCGAAGUAGACGAUAUAUGUCGAAACAAAUGUGAGGCCGCAGUAAACCUAAUGAAAGGCCCAGUGAUCAUCGAAGAUACAUGUCUCUGCUUCAACGCACUGAAGGGUCUUCCGGGACCUUACAUCAAGUGGUUCCUCGAAAAACUGGGACCUGAAGGUCUUCAUAGGAUGCUUUACGGAUUUGAGGACAAAUCGGCAGAAGCGGUCUGCACAUUCGGUUAUUGUUCUGGUAAAGACUCUGAAGUUCAUCUAUUUCAAGGUCGAACUCAAGGUACCAUUGUAAGUCCGCGAGGUUCCAGGGAUUUUGGCUGGGACCCUUGUUUUCAACCGCUAGGCUACGACAAGACUUACGCGGAACUGCCGAAAGAAGAGAAGAACAAGAUUUCUCACCGUAGCAAGGCAAUAGAAAAAUUAAAAGCUUAUUUGUUAAACAAUGAGAAUAUUUAAUUUUUGCAGUAUAUAA